GCUCUAGCUAGCUAGCGAUGGAGUCGUCUCCCCGCGCAGAGGAAUGCCACAGUAGCUGCGAAUCCGGGUGGACUAUGUACCUUGCUGCCUCCCCCACCACCACCUAUGAUGAUGAAACGGCCAUCAUCACCAACAACAACGUUAAUUUCUAUCACCCACAAAACAACACUACCUGCGGCAGCCGUGAAGUAGUAGUUGACCAGGACGACGACGACGACGACACAGAUGAUUCCAUGGCUUCCGAUGCCUCCUCCGGCCCUACCACAAUCCGCCGCCGCAGGUCGUGGGUUCAUGGAAAUUCUCCCCCGCCUGCGGCUUCUAAUAAGAGCAACUUCGUUAGGGUUCAUGAUGAUGAGGAGGACAAUAAUAAUAAUAAUAAUAAUGAGAAGCUGCUCCUCAGUUGCUCGUCAAAUUACAUUGAAGCCCCGGUGAAGAUGCAGAUGCUGCCUGCUGCUGCUGAUGCUCAGAAUAAUAAUAAUAAUAAUUAUUAUUAUUAUUAUUAUGGAGAAAUUAGGGAAGCGUCGUCUUUCCAUAGUGCAAGAGCUGCGGCUCCAGAGUACUCCCACAAGAACAGGCGGCCGCCGCCGAAGAAGAACAGCGGCGGCUGGAAGGGUAAAAAAGAAAAAUGAUUUUGUAGAGUAUUAAGUUUAAUUUUUAUUUUCCCUCAGCUCCCUCCGACUUUAGCUAGCUAGCUAAUUAAAUUAAAUUUUUAUUUUCCCAGCCUCAACAGGUGAAGCAGCCACUAUCCUGUCUUAAUUAAUUUAAUUAAUUGUAGUACUUCUUGUAUUAGUAGUAGUAGUUACGUACGUACGUAGUGCAUACAAGAAUAUGCUAAUUAAUUUGCAGCUACUUGAUCGAUCAAUGGGAGCGAGACAUUAUUAUACUA